GGUGUGGUAAGCUAAUCUCGACGCGGAAGCACGGCUGCAGAACGGAAGUGGUCAUUUAUACUCGUGUACCUUUCUCCGGUUUUACGAGUCGUCCUCUAUUUGGGGUUCCAUCGGUGGGACCUUGACCUGAGGUCCGCAUUAAGGUUGAUCUGAAUUCACGAUACCAAAAAGGGCUUUUAUAAUGUGGGUCUGAUUCACACAUUUUUUCUUGUUGUUUUUAUGAUCCGUCAAAAGCGACAGUUGUCAUCUUUCUGACUGAUAAUCAGUACUCAUAACCUCACAAAGUUUGUAAAUAAGAACAGUUGGAGAAUUUCAAUUUUUUAACUAGCAUCAGCUGAAUAAAGUGAUAUUUUAUGGUAAUUGAAAUGAGAUCUCCUGUAAGCUUUUGCAAAGAUUACUUGUAAAUUAAUUGCUGCCACCCCAAAACAUUUCUUCAACGUCAACGAUGUAUAAUUAAGGAUUUCUUGUCUUUUGAUGAAAUCACAAAAGUUCCCUAUCGCAGCAGUUAGAGCUUGUGCAUAUAGUGAUUCUGUAAGCAAAACUCAUUAUGAUAUAAUCAUAAGUGGCGGAGGCAUGAUAGGAUCAUCACUUGCAUGCACAUUAGGUAAAAAUACUAGACUUUCAAACAAAAGGAUCUUAUUAUUGGAGGCAGGCAAAGAAAAGUCAUAUAGUUUUACUGGAAAAUAUAGUAAUAGGGUUGUUUCCUUGAAUCCAGCAACACAUAAACUAUUGAAUGAUAUAAAUGCUUGGUCCCAUAUAAAAAAUUCACGAUUUGCUGCAGUAAAAAGGUUGCAAGUAUGGGAUGCAAUUUCAGAUGCAUGCAUCACUUUUGGAGAUGAGAAUGCAAUUGAGGAUAUAUCAUAUAUAGUGGAAAAUGACUUAUUGUUAGAUGCAGUUUCAAAAGAACUCAAAAAUGUUAAUAAUGUUGAAGUUAUUUAUAAUACAAGAGCAAAAGAGUAUUCUCUGCCACUGCAUAAUGAAGAUAAGGUUCAAAUAACUUUGGAAAAUGGUAGUUCCAUCACAUGUAGUCUCUUGUUGGGUUGUGAUGGUUUUAAUUCCCAUGUCCGCAAAGCAAUGCAAACUCAGUAUGUAACUUGGAAUUAUAAUCAAAUGGGUAUAGUUGCCACAAUGGAACUUUCUGAGGAGAUACAAAAUGUCAUAGCAUGGCAAAGGUUUUUGCCUACAGGACCAAUAGCAUUUCUUCCACUAAAUAGUAAGCAGAGCUCUCUUGUCUGGUCAACUGUCCCUGACGAGGCGAAAAAGUUAUUACAAAUAUCCGAGGCGGAAUUUGUGGACGCCAUCAAUGGUGCAAUGUAUCAAACUUAUCAACACAGUAACAUAAUAGAUACAGCUACCAAGAUAUUCGACAAUUUCGUUCGUUUUUUCAACUGGCCAGUUGAUAUGUCACGCCGCUAUCCACCAAAAAUCAGCCGAAUCGAGGAAGGUAGCAGAGCUGCAUUUCCUUUGGGAUUCGGUCAUGCUGCUAGCUAUAUCUCCAAAGGAGUUGCUCUAGUUGGCGAUGCAGCGCACAGGAUUCACCCAUUGGCAGGACAAGGAGUCAACUUAGGUUUUGGUGAUAUAAUAUGCUUGAACGAGGUCUUGGGAAAUGCAGUGAGCUGUGGGAGUGUUAUCAAUGACCUCAGCUAUCUCAAAGAAUACGAAACCCAACGGCAAAGGUACAAUGUACCAACAAUGCUUGGGGUCGAUGGCUUAUAUCGACUUUAUAACAACGAUUUUGCGCCCGUUGUUCUCCUCAGGAGCCUUGGACUACAAGCCACUCAUGCCAUUAAUCCUGUCAAGGAUAAGGUCAUAGACUGGGCAUCGUAGUUUAAAUAUGGAAUGUUCUGAGAUGUAUCUGGAAGAAUUUCACUACAUAUGGAGAAAAGUUAUUAAUAUAUAUGUGUUUUGUUAAAAACUAUCUAUAUAAAUAUAUUUUACAAUGAAUU